AUGGCUGUCCCACGUUUACGCCCCAGGGGUUGUAUUGCAAUUUUCAUUAUGCAGCACCUAUUAGAAUAUAGUUUUUUAAUCAUGAUUUUUUUGUACGACGAUGUAACCUUGCCUAUAUUCAAAAUUUUAGUAUUAAAAGUAGGGAACCCCACAUUUGUGCGAGCCGAACUCGACUUCCCUCUGUGGUAUAUCGUCGGGAGUACAGCGAAGGUACCAAAAGUGCAUGAUUUGGCAGUGUUCAUCAUGAAAACUGCUGCACAAGCAGCGCUUGUCGUCUGGGUGGCUUUGUCACUGAUUUCUCGGGGUGCGGCUCAGGAAGCUUCAGCAGAUUUCUAUGUAUUUAAUGAUGCAUCUGCAACUUCCACGUAUGGUAGUGGCUUUGAGCCUUCCCGCGCGUUGCAGCCGGGGCCAGGCUACUGGUCUAGUGCGGGAGACCAUCCGACUGAUGAGCAAGUUUCAUGGAGCGGUACCUUGGAGGUUCCCGGUAAAGUCAAAGGCCUCAAGAUUCGCUGGGAAUACGCCCCCCAGGAAGUUCAAGUUUCGACCUCAGCUGACGGCCAGAACUUCUUUGUAGCCGUUCCAUGGCAGCCAACUGCGGGCACAGGGCCAUCUUUCGAUGAGAUCAUCUCGUUCAGUAGUCCCCAAGAGUGCAAAGUCAUCGUGCUCACAAUGCGGAAGGCUACAAACCAGUUUUUUGGCAUCAAUGAAAUUACCCCUCUCGGCGCGGGGCAGCCUCUCUUCAUGAUAGUCGCGGGCAUUACAAGUCCAUCUGGAGAGAUGUGUCUCCAGGUUGAAGGCGGCAAAAUGAACAAAGAAGGUGCCAGGGUCACUCUGAGGUCCUGCGAAGACGCGAUUGCAAUGGGCGACGGACGGGAGCUGUGGUUUACAAACCCCCAAACACAGUUAGUUAGUGCUUUAAGCCACCCGCCGCUGUGCGUCGUUCUCGAAGGAGGGGAAGAGGCAGAUGGAGGAGUCCUCAUACUGUCAAAGUGCUCACGUGCCCUGGAGGAGGGCGAUGGACGUUCCGGGUGGACUUUUCAAGCCAAUUCCCAGAUCCGACUUGCAAAGCCCGGAUCAUGGUGCAUGACGCAGAAGAACGUGAACGGUUCAACCUCUGGCCUAGUGGACCUAGUCUCCAACUCUGGCGUAACUGCAGAGUCAUCUAGUAACGCAGACGAUCUUCAUGGACCGCAAAAAGCCAUAGACAGGGACACGAAUACAUCGUGGGCUUCCGAUUCGUUCGAGGGAACGGAUGAACAUCCAGUGACCCUGGACAUAAAUAUUGGCAAGGUUGUUAGACUGAGCUCCGCUCGGAUCGACUGGGAACAGCCAGCCCUGGCGUACACUCUGCAAGCCAGCAGUGACGGAACGACAUUCAUGGACGUUGCAUCUAAUCCGGCCAACCCCUCGGCUUCGACAAGAGACUCUCUGGGAGGUGUAGAUGCGCAGUAUAUUAGAAUUCUAAUGCAGAAGCCGCAUCCACGGCUGGGAAAGCGCGAGGAAAAGUACCGAUACGCAAUCAAAGAACUAGGGAUUUUCGCAAGCAAACUCGAGCCUGGGAUAGGCAACUGCCGUGAUGCUGCGAAUUCAGACGAUGCACGAGACAAAUAUUUUGUUUCCUAUGUGUCGACCUUCGACAGCGAAUUUGCGAAAAAAAUACCUGCUUUGGGGAAGGAUGUUAUAGCCAAGAGACGGAGUCUUGAAGUCCUGUCAGGAAAGAUUGAAGAGCUCUUCCCGGAUAUGGAAACCUGCAGAGACGAAAAAGGACAGCAGAGUCAACACCUGGCUUCGUUAUCAACUACUGUUGGUCAACUCUUGUCCAGCUAUGAAAAGGCAACUGAGGGAGCAAGAAUUGUGGGCGUCGACACAGUAAUACCUGGUGACACCGAGGAGCAUCCAGCUAGAGACUGCUACGCGAUCAAGCUCCAGGUUGCUGAUGCGGUUUCAGGCUUCUACUGGGUUCGUCCCAGAUGUGCUCAUAAAGCACUCCGGGCCUACUGUGACAUGGAAACCGGAACCAUGAUCUAUGUACAAACCAAAAACGAGUUUCCACGGAUUGCUGGUCGCCCUGAGGGGCUGUUAGCAUCAGCUUACGAAGUCAGGCAGGCGUGCGCAUCCAUCGGUCUCGAGCCCCUUGUUCCCCGGGCCUUGUCUCAUAUCCACAGCGCAACAAAGGCAGCAAAGCAAAUGCAUUUGCAACUCGAUGGAGAAGAGGGCAUACCCAUUGCUCACGAUCCGGGCUGCGCCGCUGGACAGUGCUCUGGAUCCUUUCGCGACUUCUAUGAUGGCGCUACGGACUUAAUGGGCUUGAUUCUUGCGUUAGCCUCAGCGGAUAGCAGCGCGACUGCUUGGACAGACACUGCUGGCCUGGGGAGGUCAAACGGCGACAAGAUGGGCUACUUUGCAUUGUCCACAACCCCGUUGGCAGCUCUUCUGUGUUCCACAAAUGCCACUGGCGAAGUUGAACAGGCGCCAGCGCUUACUCUCAAGUGCGAUGAAGUAAUGGAGGGACACGAAGCCUUCAAAGCGACUCUAAAUACUAACAUUUUGGUGGAGUGCCCACCUGGUUGCGAAAAUAUCGAAGCGCUUCCUGUAUUUGGAUCUGGAGGCGUUUACGCCGAACGCAGUUCCAUUUGCAAGGCGGGAGUCCAUGCAGGCCUCAUUCGGGAUGGUGGCGUCUUCACAGUCGCAAUAGAGUCACCGAACUCUUCAUUCGAAGGUUCAAAGCAGAACGGCAUCGAGUCUAAGUCGUUGCAUCUUGAUCCUGGGGAAGCAAUCAGAAGUAUGAGGCUUUUCAAGAUAAGACAGGAAUGCCCAGGAGAUACAUUGGGCCCCUCAAGUUCUUCAGCACAAUCGCCCCAAACAUCCUUCCUUGAACUUAGCAGCAACAGUAUGCCUGCGUCGAACGCUUCACCGCCGCCCUACGACCCCGCCCUUGCAGCAGCUUCUGAUGCAGCCAAGGACCUGGCAACCCAUGGCAUUGACCCCAUCGCCGUUAAUGAUGCAAAAAUAGACGCUGGUACAACCGUCGGAGAGGCUCGAAAGCUCAUCAAACCCGCAGAGCAACUGGGAGAAAGCGUGUUCGCUUCUGCUCUAAGCCUCUUCCGCGACACCGAAAUCCUUACAAACCGCUUACUGGCAACCUCUGCAGGAGUCGCCACACGCCUGGAAUACCUGCAGGACGAGCUGAAACAUCUAGAAGACACGCAUAUUGUACAAGGAGGAUACAAGAGCUACCAACUGAACCCACAAGACACCACGUUCGAAAAAGAGUUCAGAGUAGAGGACAGCAGCUUCACACACGGGGGCCCAAGCCAUUGGGGUUUCGCCGCACUCGUGUCAGGCCACCAGAAUGUCUUUGGCCAGUCCACUGCAAUUCGAGGGACUGCCGAAGUCCAUGGGACUUAUGCUCUAUUACGGAGGCAUAGCUUCUACGACUUUAUCCUGCACGUGGAGUUUCUGCCAAUGGGCAGCGGCUGUGUUGGUAUCGGUUUUAGAAUGAAGGACCAUGACAACGGCUAUCUCUUGUUGCUCCAUCAGAAAAAGGGGAGAAAGACGCUUGAACGGCUCGAAAAGGGCGUCCGAAAAACCAUCGCAGAACGUAAAGACGGCGGAUUCAUCCAAGGGAUUUGGCAUAAAGUUAGGAUUCAGGGAAUGGGAGGCCACAUCACUGUCUGUAUCGGGGAGGAGGAUGAGCCCGAUGCUGAGAUAUUUACUGUUCUGGACGAGCGUUUUGCAUCCGGAGCAAUUGGAUUCUUCACCUCAGGAAUGCAAGAUGGAGCAUACUUUGACAAACUGCGCGUGGAGGCGUUGCCUUGCGAGACACCGCAGACUCUACUGCCCCCCCUACCACCUCAAUGCUCCGUCUUUACGGAUACAUACUUUAGCAGCGUCGGUGUGCUUUACAAAAUACUUGAUGGAGAGGAUAAAGGUGGUGCAGUUGGCCAUUGGGAAUACCGAGAUAGAAUCGGGGGACGCAACCAAGUUCUGGCUCAGCUUAAUGCUGUGAGUGGGGCUUCUGAAGUUGGAACAAUGGCAAUUCUCAAGGGUCAGCGAAUGUGCAAAAACGGCUUCAUAUCCUUCGAUUUCUUCUCGCAGUGCACUAGAGGUGCAAUCGGGGCAGUGUUUCGUUUUGUAUCAGAAGAAACGUAUAUGAUUCUCGAGGCGACCGCUACGGAAUUAAGGCUGCGAAGCGUUGUAAACAAGAAGUCCUCUGUUAUCGGCAGGAAAGCCAUAGAGCUUGGUAUUAACGUGUGGCACACGCUACACGUGGCGUUCGAGGGCUCACGCGUGGCAGUGCGCCUUCAAAAUGCGGAUAGCGUAGCCACUAAACUUGUUGUCGAGAUUCCUUCAGAAAAGGAAGCACCAACAGACGGCGCUGUUGGUCUGUCUGCAUUCAACUGCGGGGGAGUGGCAUUUGACACAAUUCAGCUCUCUCCAAUGCGCUUGGAAACAAGGGCUGAGCCCCGGUUUGUUGAGGCCGUCGUAUCUGACAAAAUAUGGAGUGCGUGCACCUCGACGGAACAUUUCAUAGCGAGGCGGGAGCACUGCAUGGAGAUGCUUCCAAACAAGUCCAAAGCUCGGCAGCUUUCCUGUGCAGCAGACUACUGCUCCGAGUGUUGCGCAUUCCACACAAGCUUAUUGAGCCCGCAACACAAAAUAAGAUGCGAAAGGGGCUGCACUCAGAAGACCAGAGCUGCCCAAGAUGCCGAAGCCGCGUUCAACACCAAAGUUCAACGGUGUGCCACAGCACGGGACAAAAGAGCCGCUCUGUGUUCACAGUGGCUGUACGAGCAGAAGCACAACAAAAAAGCCCUUAAACAAGCGGACCUGAUCCUCAAGAAGUUCCCCGAACACGGCGAGACCCUCUCUAUGAAGGGGCUCAUUCUUUCCAAUAUGGGCAAUGACAAGAAGCAGGACGCUUACGACUACGCAAAGCGUGGCCUUCGCGCAGACAUCACGAAUUGUGUCUGUUGGCACGUCCUGGGUUUACUCUAUCGACAGGACAAGGACUACGCUGAGGCUUCCAAGUGCUUUGUGCAAACCCUGCGGCUGGAUCCAAACAACUACCAAGCCAUGCGCGAUCUUGCCCACCUCCAGAUCCAUGAGAGGAACUUGCAGGGGUUUCUCGAGACGCGAAGGCACAUCCUUAAGGCUCGCUCUCGGUUCAUUCGGGAGUGGGCCGCCUUUGCCGUUGCAAACCAUCUGGUUGGUCGCUUAACGAUAGCGCAGGAUAUUCUCGGAGAAAUGGAGAAUCAAUUUGGGGAGUCUCGCGAUUUGGAUCCUUUUGAGAAGAGCGAAAUCAUGCUCUACAAGGCCACACUUCUGGAGGAAAUGGGCGAAUACAGAAAAUGCUACGAUUUCCUUGCUCAGCGCGAGGCAGACAUAUUGGACGAAACCUCGUUACUAGAGAUGCAAGGUCGCAUGUCAAUCUUCUUAAGGGAUUACGAAAAGGGCCGUGCAGCCUACAAGCGGCUAAUUGAGUCGAACAAAGACAACGAACGGUACAUCCUUGGCUUUAUGGCCUGCGACGAAGACGCGCGUAUCCGCGAACUCUUUGCACUACCCUCCUGCUCCCUCAAUGGUGCAAUCGGCAAAGCGGACUCCAUGGACUUCCGGAAGAAUUUAAAGCAGCUGCAAGGAGGAAAGAUAUUCCAGAGCACUGCGAACGCAUACGUCUGCCUGAUGCCGGGGAGCCUGCGUUCCUCUGGCGAAGAUGGAAGCGGCUGGUUGGAGUCGUGUUUUACGUCACAAGCUGAUCGUGAAUCACGUCUGCAGGAUCCCGAGCUGCAUCCAGUUUCAGGGUGGAAACCCUGGCAAACACCCAAGGCCCCCCCCUCAUUCAGACUCGUGCGAAUCCCUCCGGAUGAGAUCCAAGACGCUAUCUCCAAAUAUUUCAGUGGUGCGCCUCGUUGUUUCUUCCCAGCUUUUCGCCCCUUUUUACAUCUAUAUUUUCCUUGCCUUGCCCUCAUAACGCCGUCCAUGACAGGCGCUGUUCUGUGUGUAUGUAUGUGGGCCAUCGACCACACUCCCACCUUUGCCGACCUUUAUCUUGUAAAGGGCAGAAUAUUCAAGCACGCAGGGGCCUAUCAUGAGGCAUGCGAAUUGCACGAAAAAGCCAGAAACCUCGACCUUGCUGACCGACUCUCCCAUGAAGUGUACGCUUAUUUCGCGCACUCCCCGACCUUUACACCCAGUGAUCGCCGUGGUGCUUGUGGGUUGGUGCAGCUAUAUGAACUCUAA